CAAAAGGAAAGCAAAGUAAUGGUACAUUAGUUAUAUCUAACUUCUUCCUCAAAUGUUUUGUAUUUAUUACCACAUUACCAUUUUAGUCUUAGUCUCACCAACAUCUUCAUCUCACCCUCCCACACACUCGUAUAAUAUAAGACCAGCCAAGCCUGCCAAGGGUUUCAUGUUGCUGCUGCUCUUGCAUUACCUGCAAACAUGUUGCUGAAGCUCAUAGACUCCUCCCUCAGGAUUUUUGUAAUUCCUCUCAGUAUUGCAACCGUUUGGCUCACUGUCACCAACCACCAAGACAACCCCAGCUAUGGCAACCUAAAGUUCUCCAAUUUCAUAGGCCUCAAGUACAUGGUUUUCAUCAGUACCAUUUCUGGUGUGUAUGCUUUUCUUGCAGCUUUGUCCUCAUGGAUCAGAUGCUUUGCGACUAAAGCUUGGCUUUUCUUUGUCUCUGACCAGAUUGUAGCUUAUCUAAUGGUCACAUCUGGGGCAGCAGUGAUGGAGAUAUUGUCUUUAGCUUACAAAGGGGACAGGACAGUCUCUUGGAGUGAAGCCUGCACUUCUUAUGGGAAAUUCUGCAGCAGAAUGAAGGUGGCAUUGGUUCUCCAUGCCCUGGCUCUUUGCUGCUUUCUUGUAUUGGCUGUGAUCUCAGCUUAUAGAAUGUUUAGCAUGUUUGACCCACCUUUUAUUUCUGAUAAGGAGGUGGAAGAAGUGAGGACUUAGAUUCGAAUCAUUAGAUGGGUUUUCUUUAAGUGAUUUUUGUUAAUUGAUUUAGAGGUCUCUUGUGGUAUACAUAUGAUGCAUCUUUUAAUUAAACACGUAUUUGAUAAUUGGAUUGUGAAAAACACACUUGGAGGUUAUAUGUUUGGUGAAA